UGUGGCAGGAGGGAAUAUCUGGACACGUCUGGUAGCGAACACAUCUACAGGGGCUCCUCAGAUCACCGCUCGUGUACUCUUUAUAUGUAGUUAAGGUUCUGUGAGAGCUGUAAAGAUGCACGCCCAACGAUGUCCGGUGGCGAAGUUCCGGGCAGCCAGCCAACAGAACUCUGAGGCCCUCGGUCAGGUCACUAAACACCGAAGUACCAAGACCAGCAUCCUGCCCUCGGUCAUCGGCGGAGUCACGGAGAGCAAAAAGAAGCAAGAAAAGACCCGUCGAGGUCAACGAAGCCAGUCAGCCAAGAGUCAAGAGAGGCCUUCGUUCUUUCAGAAGCUUCACGGGGACGCCGCUCCCCUUCUGCCACCUCGUCCUCAAAUGUACAGUGACGAGACUUGGAAAAGUCAACACAGCACAGUGCCGCCAGUGACUCACCAGGUGUACUACAACGAGGCCGCUCACAAGUUAAUGAUGAAGAAGUCUGGCAACCAAACUCUCAUAUACAACGAGAACUGCGCCAUCCACGGCCGCAACACUUCUCGUCAAUACGGUAUAUCCAAGAGUGUGAGUUGCCCAUCUACGUCCCGCCCACAGUCCAGACAGAACGUCAGUGGUGAGCGGCUGAAAAACUGGCGUCGUAACUCUAUGACCUUCACAGCGACAAGUCAGGGACAUAGUGACAGAACCGUCGGUAAUAUGGCCACACAUCGGACUAUUUCAUCUGGACAAAACUUACAAAGUCUGGUCCCAGUACCCAACCAGAAAAGUGGGCCCCACACACGAACGCCAUCCUCCAUGAGCUCCAGCUUGUCCUCGGCCAACCCGUCCUCCAUCUCGUUAGUUAAGAGCAAUACGGCCUUUGACGACGCCCAGAACCGACGAUCGCAGUUCCGUCGGGCAUGGUCUCUGUUCUCCAUCGGCUGCGACGAGGUAGAGAAAGAGAAGCUUCCUCCCCAAAGAAUCCUUCGACAACCAACGCGCUACGUAUAUCGCCGAGGCAUCUCUGGAUUACCCAUAGAGUGCACCAACAGACAUCUUGGAAUCGCCUUCUGACGUCAACGGUGCCAAGGUCAUCAGACAGGCUUGAGGGAGGAAGUGCCUAUCAGCUGGAUGGUCUAUCAAGGGAUUACUGACUACGUGGUUGAAAAAUCCACCCAGUCAGUGAGGAUCUCUUCCUUUAUUCAGCAAGCCUUGUACACUACACUGAGGCUCUCAUCUCAGUGCUCCUCCAUCCUGUUUGACGAAUCACCAGAAGAAGAGAGCAUUGACGUGUGAGUAGCUAGUUACUGCCGUGGAGCGACGUUUAUCAGUGUACCGAAUAUCCAUUGCAGACAAAAUUUUGUGUACAUCAGUAUUGAAGCUACCCAGUAACGUGAAAGUUAAUUGUUAGUUUUCCUCCUUUAAAUUGUCACUCAUGAAAAUGUCGACACCUCAUCCACGUCAUAUGUAACAUGAGUCAAUCCUGUUUUACGAAACUCUGGUGCACUUAACCUUGGUGGGAAUUUUUUCUUAAUCUUUCUACUUAUGUGUACACUCGCACCAAAAAGUAUCGGUGCAGGGUGAGAUCGACGAGUUCCGAAACGAUACGUAUAUACUGUGAUAUGUCGGGAAGGUUGGUAAGUGUAUCCU